AUGACGGUGUCCCAUUACCUACACAAUGUGAAGUUGAUGGACAGCACCAUUUCAUGCCCGAACUCUCGACUCCGCAGUCUAGCAGGUCGUUGGGACAGGACAGUGCUCGUAACGCUGCGGUGCCGAGGAAGUCUGCACGACCGUGCCUCUACGGCCGUCGCCAUCGCGGAGAAGAAGAAGGAGACCGCAAGUUUGCUAGUGGAAACCAUGAAGGCGGGAGACACGAGUGAGGGUUCGUGGAAGGAUAGCUUCUUCAAGCCACAACGCCGUCCUCCAGCCGGAAAUGGAGGGUUGUACCAGGCGGCCAUUGGACAAAAGGCUUCUCUUGGCAAUCAUUGGAACCCCUCGAUCUUCGAGUGGUCACUGGUAAACCUGUUCUCCCUUGCGUUUGCGGCUGAACCUGCUGCCAAGAGAAAGGUUGAUCGCCUCCCUACAUACCGAGCUCAAGUGCAACGAUAUCCAUCUCAAAGAAACCAACAAUCGACUGUUAGCGGGAAAGCUCGUGCAGACGCCGUGGAGACUCGACAUGUGGACCGGACCGACACCUUAAACCCCCUCCCCAGCAAAAAAGCCUAUCCAGUUCUGGCUAUCCCCGUCGAUUCUCGGCAUCACAUAAGUGUCUAUUCCCGGCAAGAAUUUGGAACGCAGUAA